AAUAUUUUUGACUGCGUAUUAAAUUCACCAUUGUGGACAACGGUUGGUGCAGUCUACGUUGUUUUCAUGGCACCCCGGUUAAAUCUACGCCGUAAUGGUUAGAGUGCAUUCAAUAUGCGAACAUUAAAAGUUUGGCUUGUCAAGUAGUGUAGAGGAUUGUAAAAAAGUUGAAUCGAAGCAAAUAAAUUGCGAAUAAUUUGUGGAUAAUUUAUGGAAAAACUUGAUAGAAUGGAAACAAAUGAGCUGGUUUGCAGAAGGUCAUGUCUAACUGACCGCAGUGCCAUAGCUGAAAUGGUCGACAGCGUAUAUGAUGGCUUAGAUUAUCUAGACGCAUUUUACUCACUUUAUAUGAAACAAAACUUCAGAUAUUGUUUUGUUGCCGAAAAGAAUGGGAAAGUGGUAUCCUAUAUUCACACGUUCACUGUGCUCGAUGGAGGUAGAACGGGAGUAAGACAAGCAGCCAGAACAGCCGCGCAACAUAGAGGGAAGGGAUUCUACAAGAUACUGGAGAACUAUUCAACCAUGCAGAUUAAUUUUCUGUGCCCAAAUCUAGAGCAAUGGGCUUACACAGCAUACUGGAAUACCUUUGAAAAGAAAAGGAUAUCAAAUCCUGAGCUGGGCUAUCAGCUCAUUGAUAAGAGGUAUUGGAAGGUGUAUAUCAUAAAGGAGACUGACGUUUAUCUCAACACUGUUCACCCUGGGAACAAUGGCCUACCUACACAAACAGAACCAAUGCAUGAAAUCAACAUUGACGAAGCCGAGGGAAUCCUCAAAGAUCCAGAUAACAAGGAACGCCUGGUCCCUUCUGGGUCACUCUGCAGUUCAUGGGAACCGUUUAGCGUCGACGAUGGCCUUAGAACCAACCUAACUGCCAUCUAUACGAGAUCUAGUGUCUGGGGGACUAAGAUUGACGGUGACUGUCGUGCCCUUAGUACCGGUACCAUCUACGAAUGCCCAAAAGGACUUAUGUAUGAUUUGGACUAUUACGGACAAGAAUUCAAGCAGUUAAAAGCUCAUAUUUUAUCUCAUGUGAAACACGCUCUUAAAGAGAGUAACAUGAACAGGCAGUUGUAUUUAUGUGUGUUUUGCCCUUUUGAGAUGUCUUUGGCUGAUUUGGACGAGUUUAUGUUAAAAGAUAUGGGAUGGAAGCCCGAGCCUACCGAUGAGACACCAGUCUAUGUGACUAUCACAAAACGACUUUGAUAGAAAGUAUUAAUGAGGGGACAUAAAUGGUGAUAUUUGAAAUACUGCACAAUUAAAAAACACGAGAACAUUAAACUGAAUAAGUCAAACAUCUUACAUGUAGGAUCUUCAAAAGGUUCGAGUUAUGUGAUUGGCAUUUUGAAAAUAUAAUACCAAAGUCCAAAUUAUUCCCAGACGAUUAUAUUAUAUCCAACAUAUACUUAUAAAUUGACCAUUGUUAUUUUGGCAUUUUCAAACAUUUCCUUCAAUUCUUAAACUGGCAGAACCCGGGGGGGG